AUGGAUGUGGACACAGCGAGUGAUAAUACGUCCAUCGAUGACAAAAUCGACGACUUUUGUGAGAAUCCAACGAGGGAUGCUCUGACAGAAGGUCUUAUGAGCCUUUUGAAACCGACGGUGGAUCAAUUGGACGAAAGAAUUCGCGCCACGAGAAUAUGUCAGAUAGAAUUGAAACAACGGAUCGAGUCGUUGACGGAGGAGUUGCAGAGGAUCAACGAAGCGUUGCAGUGCCCAUUGGAAACGGACUCGUACGUGAAAAAGCUGAUCAACGCCAAGCACAAGAUCACGAUUGUCAGUAACAUUUUACAAAGUACGCAAGAACGGUUGAAUAAAAUUCAUCAAGCAGUGGAGAGGAACACGGCGAAGAGGAAAGCUUUGUUGGAUCACAGCUCCUCGUACGGUAAUGCAUCUAAUAUUUUAAGCAAGGAAGAACAGGCAGACGUAGAAAAAGCGACUAACGUUUCUAAGGAAUACGAAUGA